AUGGAGGCGCCUGAGCAGUUGGAGGAGCUGUUUGGCGGGCUUCAUGACUGGCGCGAUGUGCAGGGAGUGAUGAAGACGAUCUUCCAGGCGCUCUGUGACGUUGCCCACGCGCAAAGCCAAGCAGUGCGGGAGGUUGAAAGAAGAACAGGGGAGAUGCAAGAGGAGCUAAUGGCCGGCCUGAACCGGAAAGCAGACGCUUCUGAGCUCCGAGAUGUCCGUUUAGCUUCAGAGGAGGAGGUGGAGUCGAUCCUGGAGUCGCAACGAGCUGCUGCGGCAGAGGUGCAGGCCUUGCGGACGAACCUCGCGGAGCUCAAAGCGGCCACAGAGAAGCCGGCGCUGUCGGUUUGGGACUUCCGGGUGAGAGAAGGCUUUGGCUGGUCCGACGCGCCAGAGUACUUCCAAGCAAUGGGGGACAACCAGGUAAUGCUGGUGGAUGUGGACCACAACGAUUCGGAUGACCGGCUGGCCAUCAUCCUGCUGGCCUUCCAGGUAGCAAGCGCAAAUGCUGAGCGGCGGAAGCUUUCAGCAGAUGCCUGCAGCUUCCUUUACUUGGACGCAAGGACGUACUCCUCCAGCGGCCUGACGCUUUGGCGCACUUUGCAGCUGGCCACGCGCCUGUCUAUGGCUUUAGCACCCUAUGGCGUGGAGGUUCUGCCUCUUCUGCAGGGCGAGCAUGCUUUGGAGCACAUCGCCAAGUACCUCAAGGUUGCCGAAACCCCUGAGAGUCUGAAUGACCUGGUCCCGGGCGCCGGGGACAUGCUCCGGCUGGCGCAGCGCAAGCAGGACCUUCAGAGCUGCCUCCCACCCCGCAGCACAGCCCGGGUUUGGAUGCUGAGCGGCUUGUGCCAGACGCAGGUUCAGGAUUUGGAUCGCUGUCACAAGGAGUUGGGCAUCCAGUUCUCCUUCAUUGAGCAGGCCCAACCAGCUUGGCAAAGCUUCCCCGUGAAGGACGGGCCACAGCCAGACUGGAGCUUCCCUCCGGCGGAUGAGGCGGGCUUUGGCGUGGAGCCCUCCAACAUCCGCUCCAGUGAGGCGACAUACCCAGAGACCCUCAUGAACUACCUGCGCUUUCAGCAGCUGGUUGCCUCUUGGGGUGCGCGCUAUGUUUCCCCUGCCCUGGCGCGCAGCGAUAGCUUCCUGCCGGCUGUGCCCGGGAAGCCCAUGCUGCCGGUGUCUGGCAGGCCCUUCAAUGUGAUCCCAGGGAAGACGUACACCAUCAAGAAGGCGCUGGACCCAAACCGGGCGCAGCACGCCUUUGCGAAGCUGCUCUCUGCAAGCAAGGUAAAGCACGAGAACCUUCUGCCAGAGCUGUGCAUCGACAGCUCGGACGACUUUGGCAGCGAGCGGCCGGAGCUGGCGGCGGUGAACAAGUACGGCACGUUUAUGGCAGAUGCUAUUUUGGUGGCCUUGGCUGCUGCCCCGUCCCUGCCCUGCUCCAAGCGGCUGCGGCGCCUGGCGUUGGCAGUGGUGCCCCAGCCGGGCAAUGAUGACAUUGUUCUGACCUUCGAGGCGGGGCGCCUGGAGGACUUCCAGGAGUCCCUCGAGGAGAAAGCAAAUCCCACCCAGCUCAAGGAGAUCGUGCGGGAGGCAUGGGGCAGGGAGGAAGGCCACCUGGCGCGGCUCCAGAAGUUGUGCGAUUCCAAGGUGUCCGUCACGGACUUUGCUGCUCUAGCUGCAGUGGCAGAGGCCAAGGCAUCGCUGGCCGAUGUGGAUGCCACGGUCCAGCGCCAGGUUCAGAGGCGGCUUCAGUCACUGAUGUCUGACCACCAGCUGGUGACUCGAACUGACGUCACCAGCCUCACAGAGGCCUGGGGAGAGAGUCGAUGCGAUUUGCCCAAGGAAUUUCCGGCCAUGUCCAACCCGGUGAGAGGCAAUUGGAAGGUGUGA